CCUAUAAAAGUAAGUGAAAGGAAGGGGUAGGAAUAGUCCACCUUCAGGAUUCUCCUCAUUUUCUAAGUCUUCCCUCUCUAGGCAAGAACACUUGCCUUCUUCUCCAUCUCAGAGGCAGUCCCUCCACAAGAAGAUCCAAAAUACUUGAAGCGUAUCAAAGGAGCCAUCAUGUCCCUGUCCUCCAGCUUAAAGAGUCUCCUCAUCGUCUGUGCCUUCGCGACUUUUGUUUUCAGUACUGUGGUAGAGAGUCUGACAUGUGUAGAUUGUGCUGAUGCUGCAUGUACCUCUACACCACGCACUUGUACGAACACUGAAAUCUGCUUCAGCAUCAGGAAACAAUUUAAUAAUACAUCAACAGGGCAGCACAUCCUGCAGAAAGGCUGUUCAAGCCAGUGUAAACCACUGUUCUUCUCGGCAACACUGGGGGAUAAGAUCACAUUUGGGUAUGGCCAUCAAUGCUGCAAAACUGACAAUUGUAACCAAGAGGACUUCCAAGUGGCUCGGAAAUCCUCAGAUCCCAAUGGCAUUAUCUGUCCUACCUGCUACAGCGAAAGUGAUUCUAUCUGUAAACAGACUUCCCUCGCCUGUCAAGGGGAAGAGAAAAGCUGUGUUGUGUUUACAGGCUCAGGUAAUAAUCAACAGUCGAUAUUCGGCAUGGGUUGUGCGACUGAAAGUGCCUGCAACCUGACGGAUGUGGAAGCGAUAAAUAACAUAAAAAUCCGCACCUUCUGUACGGACGCCCGUAGCGGAAGCCCCCGGCUGACGUCCAUCAUCUCAUCAGUUCUGACUGCUCUCUUUCUGCUGAAAGUCUUGCUUUGAUCUCUUAGGCACUUCCAAGCCCAUCUACAAACAUUUCCAAACACUUCUAUAAACCUUUAAAAGUUGGAGACCUUGAAUGUCUUCCUCCCCACACUGCCUACCCACAACAUCAGAGAAUUAAAAAACUGAUAUGUCCAGAA